AUGGCACCAAUUGCCGUCGAUGACCAUGUGGCCGAUACUCCAAUUACGCUGAACAAAGCAGCUGCCGGUGCUCAGGCAGCAGCAGCUCCAGUCAGUAACGGGGCGGUCAGCAAGCCAACAAUCGCCAGAUACGACGCAAACGACCCGGCCACGACCACAGAGCUUCUGGUGUCGAUUAUCGAGCGCGACGGCGGCGUAAUCGUCGAGAACAUCAUCAGCAAAGAGCUCGCCGGCCGCAUAAGAACAGAACUCAAGCCGUACUUCGACACGGACAAGGUCGACCCCUCGGGAUUCUUCCCCCACACGACCCAGAGAGCCACGGGUCUAUUUGCCCGCUCGGAUGCGUGUGUCGAGCUCGCCAUGAACAAGACGUACAUCGACGUGGCGAACGCCAUGUUGUCCUCUACGUACACGUACUGGAACGGACAGGUACAGGAGACGGUGACGAGCAAGCCGAUCAUCUCGUCGACAGUCGGCUUCCGGGUAAACCCCGGAGGAAGACAGCAGGCGUUGCAUCGCGACGAUGGUGACUAUCACACACGGAACUGUGACAUGCCCAUGAUGCUGGGCUGUGUGACAGCCAUCACAAAGACGACCAAAGAGAACGGUGCCACCAUCUGCAUUCCCGGCUCUCAUCUGUGGGGCCCAGAUCGCUGUCCUUAUGACCAUGAAGCCGUCCCGGCUGAACUGGAGCCUGGCUCCGCUCUUAUAUUUGCUGGUAACCUCUACCACGCUGGCGGUGGUAAUAUUACAACCGACCAAGCCCGUGAGACGGUCGGUAUAUUCCUAUGCAAGCCCUACUAUCGGCCUGCAGAAAACCAAUUCAUCAUGUGCCCACCUGAGGUGGCCAAGAGACUACCUCCGCAGGCACAGAGACUGUUGGGAUACGGCAUCAGCCUUCCCGCCCUGGGGUUCGUCGAAUACCAAGAUCCUAUGAGAUACUUGUUUGGUGUGGAAGACGAAGAAACGGUCAAUAUGUAA